GUGGGCUUUGAGGGACGACGGGGCCCUCAUCUACAAAAGCCCGACACCCAUGAAUUGCAGCGUGGGUGAAGAUGACCCGUCAUACAUCGCGUACGGCAUCUUCGAGUCCGACAUCAUCAUUGAUGUGCUCUCGCCGCACCUCAAGCACUUUACCUCCACACCCAUCAUCAAGCUUACUCGACCCGUCGGCCUCCUAGCGCUUGUUGUCGCAGCGCUCGAGCGCGCGUUUGAUGCAUAUGGCGAGACGGGCACGAAACCCACGGAAUACGACGACUUCACCAAAGACUACGCCAGCACUGCUGUCGAGCAAUACGGCCGAAUGAUUGCCAGCCUUCGGGACAGCCACUGGGCCAGUAUCUAUGCAGCUUGCGGUGUCAAGCAAGAGCAGAAGAAGCCCGUCACGAUGGGCCACAAGACACCCCUCGCGAGUCGCCGGGACCGUCUUCGUAUACCCAGCUCACCGUAAUCUGUAUUAUUUGCCCUCGUAUGGUACCCUUUCUAUACUUUACAAUUUGUGCUGUAUUUACUGCAUGUCCGCUCCUUCGUACGUCGUAUUACUGUAGAGAACCCGGCUUUUUAAUGAAUUCUAAUUUCCGGAAUCUCAAUGGCUGAAUGGCCAGUGGCGUGAUGGUGCGACCCGAGACUCAGUUGGCGAAUUGUGGUCGCUUUUAUGCGAUGAUUUCGCCUCGGAUUGUCCCUUCCAGAACAUGGAGUUGCUGGAUUGCCGAUGGUGUGAUGGUCGGGGAUGGUCCAUCGCAAACAAUUCGAAUCAAUUCAAAACAAUCCAUUUGUGAUCUUACUG